GAGAGGGAGGAGAAAGAAUUCUAUGAUGUCACACUAAUGCACUCAAAUACAAAAGCAGCCAAGAGAAAGAGACACACACACACACACACACACGCUGCAGCCUGUUUCACUAACACAACUCUACAGCACACUUCUCCAGCCUUGAAUACUGCAAUCACAUGGCCAGAGUGUGGGACAGGAACGAACUCAGCAGCAGGAUCUAAAAUGACAAUCUCUGAAAGAUAGAGGGUGCUUUUGUUUAAGAAAAGGGCGAUAAGAAUUCCAAAAAAGGAGCUGGACUCUUCAGACAGCAAUUUUAUAUACCAGCACACUUAUUCAAAAGCCUACAACACACAUACAGACACAACAUGCUGCAGCAAAUACUAGCUGACAUGUACAUUGACCCUGAUGUAUUAGAGGCCCUGAAUGAGGAACAGAAGAAAAUCCUGUUCUUCAAAAUGAGAGAGGAACAAGUCAGGCGCUGGAAGGAGUGGGAAGAGAAGGAGGGCAAAGAGGGGAUAAAAAAAGAAAAGCUCCGGCAAAAGAAAGGCCCUUGUAAAAGUGUGAGCUGGCGGAUGGGUAGUGAUGGCGACGUACAUGUGUGUAUUAUCGGAGAAUCAGAUGAGCUCAAAUCUCCUAAACUCAUUCUGUCUGAGCUGAGGGACAAGACAGAGGCCAACCCUAACAAUAUCAACAGAGCAAAAGCUGAAUCUGUGAAGAGCAGCUUAACCAAACCCAACAGAGCACAACAAAUCAGCACAGAACCAGGGAUCCAGCUACUGCUUAAGAAACCAGAGGAGCUCAGCGAUUCUACAACAGUCUCAGAUGAGUUCAAGCAGGACAGCGGUUCUGAUCAGUCAGCUGACGACAGCAGGGGCCAAACAGAUGACUCAGACUCAGGCAGUGCGGAGGAGGACACAGGCCUUUACAGACCACAUAUGAGCAACAGAGAGACAAAAGUAGCAGAAAGGCUGAGAGAGCUUCAACUGCACAGAGCAAUGAAAGAGCAGAUGUCAAUCAACAACAAGACACACCCACUGGACACACCCACAGACAAAGGAGUGGUGAAAGAGAAGGAUAGCAGUCUGUCGUAUGGCAGUCGUGUGGCUCAGCUCAGGAAGAACUUCAACACCACAAGUGCCCCAUGUGUCAAACCACCGAUCCCCUGCAAGCCAGCUCACCUACUGAACUCCCCCUCUGUCAGAUAAACACAACACUGCCACUCUGCACACCUGAAAAACAUUCUUAUGCACAAAACUGAAAAAUGGACUAAAAAACUAGAAGGACUUGAGCAGAUCCAGGAGUAGACGCAGCUGGAGACAGACAUUGUACAGAAAUCAAACGCCCUUUAUGACCCAGCUCGCACCAGUCCAGCACUCUUCAGUUUUCACAUUGUUUACAGGAGAACAUGGUCUCAAAAGGAUUAAGAUUUGUUCUACUGCCUUUACGUGAUAUUGUUUGUUUUAUUUUUUUUUUAUAUAUAAACUUUGUUUCCUUAAGUGAAGAAAGACCAAAGUUAAUGUUUUUAUAGAUAAUGGCUCAUUUUUUUUUUUCUGGCUGUAAAUAAUGGUGUCAUAAUGUAUUAAAUAAAACCAUUUUAACUGA